AUGAUUUACGGAAACAGUUUACAAGAGAGAGGUUUUGACACCCCUCUGUGCGUAAUUCAAAAUAAACUCCUGGUAUUCUUUUGUUUCCCUUUAAAAUUGUUUCCGGCUACCUUGUCCAUCUAUUUAUGGUUGGAAACAUGCUUCAAUUAUCAAGUUGAAGACAAAUACUUUUGGCAUAUUAGUGGAAUGAUAUGGGGUCUAACGAUAUUAAUAAAUGGUGUCGAAUUGAUAAUUAGCAGUAAAGAACAACAUUGGGGAGUUCAAACUGCCGUGUUGUCCUGUAAGCAAACUCCUUCGACCCACGUAUGGUUGACCUACAUCAUUCCUACUUCCAUCCUCGCCAUUACGUCCAUAAUUAUCACAGUUCAUUCCAUAUUGAUUCUUUUGAGACGAUGGCGUUGUCACAACCGAAAUCAAAAUCGUCACACAGCGAUAACCCUCGGUGAUGCCGCUAGAUUAGCCGUUUUCAGCUUUUUCUAUUCGUUGAUGCUUUUGGUCUCCCUGAUACCCUCAAUUAUCAUGAAGAUUAAUCGCGAUGAUCCUUCAGGGGUCAUUGACAAACUUACCUUCUCUGAUUUUGCUUCAUCUACCUACGGUACGAUCUUAUUUAUGAUUUUCGGUACAACAAAAAAAGCCGCCCUCUUUCUUCCUUGCUGUUAUUAUUCUCCUCCAAAAGAUCGUGCGUAUAUGCAAGAGCAUGAGUCAAUAGACCUACAACAAUUUAAUCCCGGAGGUAGCGGUUCAUCGAUAAAGCAACCUCCUUUACCGGAUAGUCCAAUAACUGAUUCGGGUUUUCAAUCCGUCUCAAGCAGGAUUACGAUACUUGAACAGCAACACAACGUGAUCUGA